AUGGCUUUCUCCCCAGAAGACCCCUUCUACGCCGACCUCUCCUCACAGCCCUCGCGCACCACCUCGCCGCCGCAAAAUUCAUCAUCCUUCUUUUCGUGGGCGACUCUCCUCCUUCCGAGAUUUUUCAUGGCAACAAAGAGCACCGAAAUGCCGCCGCCGCCAUCCUCGGCGAAAGAAACCUCGGCGAAAGCAACCUCCCCCAUUCUCUCCCUUCUUUCCCCGGCGUCCGCCUCAUCAGCCUCCUUCAAAUCCAGCGAGCGCGACUAUUUCUCCCCAUCUGCGUCGGUAUCGUACCGCAGGCCUUCCAUGACGUCGACCAUCUCGUCAACAGCGACGACGCCCUCAGAGCUCCAGCUCGACAACGUCAAACUGCCGCAGAAUCCAGAGCGCGCAACCACGGCUCCGAUUCCUGCUCCAGCAAAAUCAACAGCAGCACCAGCAUCAGGAAGCGCCGCCAGCUCACUGCACAACGACUCGGAGUUUGCGCCCCGCCGCUCGGCAAAGGAGGUGGUCGCCCUCGACGCCCUGUCGCGUGACUUCCCCAAGCCGGCGCACGAGCCAAGCCUGGAUGAGCUGCUGGCCCGCCCGCCAGGCAAGUGGUCGCUUGGUCACUAUGUCAAGAAUGCACGCGCCGUGACGCCCCCCGCGCCGUUGGACCCCGCCGAGCGAGCGCGUCAGUUCGAGGAGGCUAAGAGGGAGCUGUUGAGGGCCAAGGCUGAGCUGGAGAGCCGGCGUAAGAAGGCCUAA